GGCCUGAGUGGGAGGCGGGGCCUGCCCUGCCCCUCUGCCUGCUCCACACACUGCGGCGGGCAGAACUGUUAGCUACAGAAAUGGCGGAGGGGGAGUUGGACGUCGACUCGCUGAUUUCCAGGCUCUUGGAGGUGCGAGGAUGUCGUCCAGGGAAGAUCGUCCAGAUGUCGGAGGCCGAGGUGCGCGGCUUGUGCAUCAAGUCUCGGGAGAUCUUCCUCAGUCAGCCCAUCCUGCUGGAGCUGGAGGCUCCGCUCAAAAUCUGUGGUGAUAUCCACGGACAGUACACAGACCUGCUCCGGCUCUUUGAGUACGGCGGCUUCCCUCCAGAGGCCAACUACCUGUUCCUGGGAGACUACGUGGACAGAGGGAAGCAGUCUCUGGAGACCAUCUGCCUGCUGCUCGCCUACAAGAUCAAAUACCCCGAGAACUUCUUCCUGCUCAGAGGCAACCACGAGUGCGCCUCCAUCAAUCGCAUCUACGGAUUCUACGACGAGUGUAAACGCAGAUUCAACAUCAAGCUGUGGAAGACGUUCACCGACUGCUUCAACUGCCUGCCCAUCGCCGCCAUCGUGGACGAGAAGAUCUUCUGCUGUCACGGAGGUCUCUCUCCAGACCUGCAGUCCAUGGAGCAGAUCAGACGCAUCAUGAGACCCACAGACGUGCCCGACACAGGCCUCCUGUGUGAUCUGCUGUGGUCGGACCCCGAUAAGGACGUCCAGGGCUGGGGGGAAAACGACCGCGGCGUCUCCUUCACGUUCGGAGCUGAUGUGGUCAGCAAGUUCCUGAACCGCCACGACCUGGACCUCAUCUGCAGAGCCCACCAGGUGGUAGAAGACGGUUAUGAGUUCUUCGCCAAGCGGCAGCUGGUGACUCUGUUCUCGGCUCCCAACUACUGCGGAGAGUUCGACAACGCCGGCGGCAUGAUGAGCGUGGACGAAACCCUGAUGUGCUCCUUCCAGAUCCUAAAGCCAUCUGAGAAGAAAGCCAAGUACCAGUAUGGAGGGAUGAACUCGGGUCGGCCCAUCACUCCUCCUCGCACAGCCCAACCUCCAAAGAAACGAUGAAGAAGAGAGGGAGGAAGAGACGCAGAGAACGAGAGAGAGAGACAUGAAUGUCAAAGAUUGUCUCCUGUUGGCUUUCCACAACACAAAAGAAGUCAAAGCAACACUUGGCAGAGGGAAACAGAACACAACUAUUUCAAAAGACACCCCAACCUGUCUUUCAUCUUCAUUUCUUCCUGACCUCCCUCUGAGCUGCUGUCACUCUCUUCUUCUUCUCUCUGCAUCUGCGUAACAUUUUUUUAAAACAAGUGUUUAAAAGGAAAAACAAUACAGGGGUUUCAUUCAGUAGCAUAUCAGAGUGUUUUUGACUUUUGCUUUUUUUUCCUUGACAACAGAAUGACAACUAGUUUAGUUUACCACAUCUCCUUUACCCUCCCCCCUCCCUGCCUGUACAGACACAACAGGUAUUAAUGACGACUGCUGGGUUUUCAAUAAAUAAUACAGGAAAUGAAUACUU